AGUCUAUCCUUACUGGAAGUCGUUGACCUGGUAGAGACUACUCGGGAUGUUGUCGAUGACGUGUGGAGACAAAUAGAGCAUGAUCAUUACCCUGAGUCACGAAUGCUGCAUCUCUUAGACAUCAUAGGUGGUUCAUUUGGAAGAUUUGUUCAGAGAAAGUUGGGAACUCUGAGUCUAUGGGAAGAUCCUUAUUAUCUUGUGAAGGAAAAUCUGAAAGCUGGGAUUUCCAUUUGUGAACAGUGGGUGACCGCCUGUAAUCACCUCACAGGCCAGGUGUGGCAGCGCUAUGUUCCUCACCCAUGGAAAAGUGGAAAGUAUUUCCCUGAAACACUGGACAAACUUGGCAAACGCCUUGAAGAGGUCUUGGAUGUUAGAAUAAUUCAUGAGAAGCUUCUCCAUUUUUUAUCUGCUAAUGAAGAGAAAAUCCUGGCUCUAGUAUUUGAACCUUUUACUGGCCCGAAUCCAGUGCAAUAUAAUCCAUAUACUGAGGUUGAAUAUAUAUGUUUCUAA